AUGCCCCCAAGAGGCACGCUAUCUUCGAGAUGGCUAGGCCGGGCGUUCAACUUGGAACGCAGGAGGCCUGCGGCCUCUGAACUGCCGUUGUAUCUUUGCCCCGCGUUCCGGUCGAUAUCCGGGGGCCGCAUGACCGGGCACUUCCCACGCCGGCCGCCCUUGCAGCCCGCUCAGUUCCGCCGACUAUAUGCUGGGUCUGCCGCGCCGUCGCCCACGGAGCCUCAGCCAGAGGUUAAACAGCCGAUCAGGACGCUCCCCUUCCAAUGUCCCGGAUGCGGGGCAUUAUCGCAAACCUCCGUACCCGACGCUGCUGGUCACUACGAUUUGUCACGCCGGAUCCUACAAGAAUACCUGGGCCUAGUAGAGACAAGUAAGAGGAGGAGGAGCGGGGAAUCCCAGGAUAACGACGAAGUUGUGCAGCGAGCGCUGCAGUCAAUCGACGUGGACGCGUUGAAGGCCCAGGGCAUCAAUCUCGAGGGACUGUUACCCGCAGAGCCAGCCGAAGCUUCUCCUCCUCCCCAAGAAGCAACUGCUCCCACCCCCCCGGUCUGUGACCGAUGCCACAACCUAAUUCACCACUCCACCGGCACGUCGAUUUUCCACCCGAGCGUCGAGUCACUGCGCGACACCAUCGAGGAGUCCCCCUUCAAACACAGCCAUGUGUACCACGUCCUAGAUGCCGCCGACUUCCCCAUGUCGCUGCUGCCCCGGUUAAGCAGCCUUCUCGACAUCACACUACGCACCCAGAACCGCAGGUCCAAGCCAGUCAACUACUCACGCGGCCGUCUCAUCGAGAUGAGUUUCGUGAUCACACGGUCGGAUUUGCUCGCGCCCAGGAAGGAGCAGGUCGAUGCUCUGAUGCCCUACCUCACAGAAGUGCUGCGGGAUGCGCUUGGUAGGCUGGGAGGGCGCGUCCGGCUAGGGAAUGUCCACUGCGUUAGCGCGAAAGCGUCGUGGUGGACACGCGAGUUAAAGGAGAACAUUUGGAAGCGAGGCGGCGCCGGGUGGUUGGUAGGCAAGGCCAACGUGGGCAAAAGCAGGCUUUUUGAAGCCAUCUACCCCAAGGGCAGGAUGAAGGAGGUUGCCCCCAAGCGCGAGAUCUCAGUCAAUGUUUUCCCCGCGGGCCACGGCCUGCCAGAUCCGGGGUCCGUUGUGAAAAACGGGGGCGCGGGGACUGUCGACCCCGGGGCUAACACAGAACCCGACGCUGGUGCGCCCAACCCUUUCCUCUCAACACCCCCGGAUCCAUCUGCAGCCGACUACACACUUCUCCCACCAGCCCAACCGGAAGCCAACUACCCGGUAAUGCCGGUGGUCUCCUCCCUUCCCGGGACCACAGCUUCGCCCAUCCGUAUCCCCUAUGGAUCCGGCCGCGGCGAGUUAAUCGACCUGCCGGGGCUCGUCCGAAGCGACCUCGAAAACCACGUCAAAGAGUCCCACCGAUCCAACCUCCUCUUAUCCUCGCGCUUUGUCCCCGCACAACACUCCCUCAAGCCUGGCAAGUCCCUCUUGAUAGGCGGCUUUAUCCGCCUAACGCCGCGCAACUUGGCAGCCGACGGCGACCACGAGCUCGUGUUCCUAGCGUACGCGUUCACUCCGAUCCAGGCACACCUAACGGCCACCGAAAAGGCGAUUGCCGUUCAGACCCAGGCGGAAGAUGCCCCCGCCGUUGGAAACAUCUCGCUACCGGGCACCGGCGCAACCAUCAAGCAUGCCGGCGCUUUCCAGAUCCGUUAUGACAUCACUAAGGCCCGCACCGGCCCGCUCACCCGCAAGAACGCCAUCAACCUCAAGGUCGAGAGUUUACCCUACCGCGUGUUGGGGUUGGAUAUUCUGAUCGAAGGGUGCGGGUGGGUCGAGCUGGUCGUUCAGGUUCGCACCAGGCAACUGCGCUCCCCCAAGGAAGAAGAGAAACCCCAAGACCCCUGGGCCGCCUUCGAAGCCCAAGUCCUCGGCAGUCCCCCGCCGAAACCAGCCCCUAAAUCGAAAGCCAAAACUCCCAAGGCUACGGCAAAGCCGACCGAGCCCGAGGAGGAGGAGCUCAACUGGCCGGUCAUCGACGUGUACACGCCCGAGGGACGUUUCAUCGGGUGGCGGAAGCCGAUGAAUGCGUACAUGUUGUGCAAGCCAAAGGGGCCGGACACGAAGCGGCCGAGGAAGAGUAUGAAGGGUGUGAAGAAGGAGAUGAAGAGGAUGAAAAGGGAGAAGGAGAAGGCGAGCGGGAUGUAG